AUGUCGGCUGUUGCGACACAUUCUCACACCUCUUCGAUGCCUGUCGCCAAGCCCGGCAAUGCACAGCUUCGACCUCGCAUGCCGGUCGAGGUGACGUUCAACAGCAUGAUUAUCGAGAAUGGCAGAAUGAAGAAUGACGAAUCCACCAACGUUGGCAGUCCUGACGUUGUCACUCCAGCAGGGAGCGCUAUGACUUUGAUGGACCUAGACGACGACAGGCCUGUCUUAGACGGUGACGCCGAGAUUAUGGUGGCCGAAGGCGGGAUAGAGGGUUGGAGGGUGGUGGCCUGCGCAUCGCUUUACUUUUUCUUCACGCUCGGCCUGGUUUACUCGUUUGGUAUCAUUCAAGAGAGCCUUGUAUCUGGCGGUGCUUCUGACGCAUCAACGUUGGGUUGGAUCUCGUCCCUCACCAUCAUUCCGAUGCCCUUGUUGUCGAUACCGAUGACCAAAUCUGUAGCGCGCUUUGGCAAUCGCGCUGUUGGAAUCGCAGGCGCGAUCUGCGUCUCAGUAGGCUACACAUGCCUUUCAACCAGCUGGUAUCCGACUAGCCACCCAAAGCUGGCCUUGGCCGAAGGUGUACAUCAAGGCUUAGCGCUUAGGAUCAAGAAUAUGGUCGUGUUUGCAUCGAUGCUCGGAAUUGGAUAUGGCUUCGUCUUCUUCUCCACCAGUCAGAUUGCCGUUGGCUACUUCAAGAGCAAGAGAGGGCUGGUGAUUGGCAUCGUGUACAGUGCCAGUGGUUUCGGUGGCGCUGUCUGCUCCAUCUCACUUCGAGCAUUGGUCAAUCAGGUGGGACUCGCAUGGUCGGUGAGAAUCCUUGGUGUCGCUGCGGGAGUAGUUAUGCUUCCGCUCGCAUACUGGCUGGUGCCACAUCAGGACGAGAGAAGACGGAGGUGCGUCGAAGCCUUUCGUCCCGCCUUAUUCCUGGAUGCGCGUUUCAAUUUGCUGCUCUUUGCCACAGGGCUGGGGACUUUUCCGAUGUUUGUUCCGCCAUUUAUUCUGCCGACGUAUGCAAAGUCGGCUGGGUUCAGUGCGGAUACGGGCGCAUGGCUCGUUGCAGGUUACAGCUUAGCCUCGGCGGUGGGGAGAGUUGCAUUCGGCAUUGUAGCGGAUACGCGAGUGGGACCGGUUACGAGUUUGAUGCUAGCGUUGAUGGUAGCAAGCAUCAGCAUCUUGUCCAUCUGGACUUUUUCGACGAGCCUUGCAACGUUGGCUCUAGCUAUGGUGCUCAAUGGAGGCAGUGCAGGCGCUUUGCUAUCGCUGCAGCCUCCUGUCAACGCAGCCAUCUUUGGCGUCCAUCAGACCGCGCUCACCAUGUCAAUGAUGAUGUGUUCGCGAACGUUUGGUUCGCUGCUAGGUGCACCGUUAGCAGGAUACCUACUAGACGCAUUUGGAGGGCCUCAAGCCGGCACCCACGCUUACCGUCCGGCGUUGCUGGUCAUGGGAAGCAUCUGCCUAGUCUCUGCCAUCAGUGUCGUCUUGCUGCGCUCACAGGUUGCAAAGCGUCGCAGUGUCACAUGGCGCGCUCGCAUUUGA